AUGCCGACAUCCAGACCUUUAAGCGUUGCCGUAAUAUGUUCUAGUAACAUGAACCGAAGUAUGGAGGCCCAUGCUUUUUUAAGCAAAAAGGGCUUCAAUGUAAAGUCCUUCGGAACUGGAGAUAAAGUCAAAUUACCUGGAAGUGGACCAGACAAACCUAAUGUUUACGAUUUCGGCACAACAUACGACGAAAUUUAUAAUGAUUUAUUGGUUAAAGAUAAACAAUUAUAUACUCAAAUGGGCUUGCUGCACAUGUUAGAUCGGAACAGGAGAAUAAAACCCAGACCAGAAAGAUUCCAAGAGACUAAAGAAAAAUUUGAUAUUCUUAUAACAUGUGAAGAGAGAGUUUAUGAUCAAGUUGUAGAAUAUUGGAGUAGUAGGACUUCCGUCAAUCAUCAACCGGCCCAUUUAAUUAAUUUAGAUAUUCAAGAUAACCACGAAGAGGCUACUGUCGGAUCAUUUUUGAUCUGUGAAUUAGUUACCACGCUUGCCGGCAGUGAUGAUCUAGAUAACGACAUUGAUGGUUUGCUGAACGAGUUUGAAGACAACAAAAUUUCAAAGCCUUUGCUACACACUGUUGUGUUUUACUGA